UAAACAUUUGGAAUUUUAUGUGUAGUCUUAUUUUAAUGAAAUCAUUAUUAUACACUGAAGAAAAAAUGUUGUAACAAUUUUCACUCAGAAAUUGCUAGUAAGUUUCACAAAUUACAAAAACAUAGCAAGUAAUACACUGGAUUAAACGUGACAUUAUUUUUUUUAUAAAACAUACUCCAAUAAUUUGUUUUAUUUACAACUUUGAAAAAUAAUGGAUGUAAUGUUGUAUCAAACAAUCAAGUUUUUUUGUCUGCAAAGCCACAGAAAGUUCUUGAUUUCUGUUACAGAUAAGUAUGAGUUUGUUGUUUAAUAUAUGCAUAGAGUUAAUGAUCGCUUCAUUUGACCAAAGAAAGUUAAAAAAAAACACGUUCCACAGUCAUUUUCUAGCAAACAAGAUGGCAAGAAUACAAAGUGCGGCCUAUCACGCCAUUUUAUGGUCUGCAGAUAAAAAGCAGUUUGGACCUCAGAAAACAAAACAUGACACUCUGGGAGAGUCAUUGUGCAGCUUAUGUACAUCGAGUGAACAUUUAGAGAUCUGAUACUGAAAAACGAUGGACAACAAUGAAGAAAAGAACUGCAACAAUGAGGAGGCUGAAGAGGGAGAAAGAAAAGAACCAAAAACAUUUAUGGGGAUCUUUACAAGAGAGCAGUUCAUCAUGUUAUGUAUUGGUAUCGGUCUGAUUGCACUUCUUCUCAUUAUUACUUUAACUUCAGUAUUUGUGAUCAUGAGAUCAGAUGGUUCAGUCGACAUGGACAUGGAGCCUUUCCCAUCUGGUGGAGACAUGCUUGACUUUCUUCUCCAAACUGGAGAGAUUCGGGAGAAAGAUGGUCUUUAUGCAACAUGGUAUCACGCAGCCAACAAUAAAUCUGAGAUGAACAAGGCCUUGAACAGUGAUGUCAUGAUCCUGGAGGCUGAUAUAAAUGUGCAAGGUCAUAAUACAGUCAAUGAAACGAAUAUUCCCAUCAUGGCCCAUCCACCAGACAUAUACAGUGACAACACUCUGGAGGAGUGGCUGGAUGCUGUACUCAAAUCAAAGAAAGGGAUAAAGCUGGAUUUUAAGAGUAUUAAUGCUGUGGAGCCCUCAUUGGAUCUGCUGAGAAAGAAAAACCAAACGGGGAUCAAUCGCCCAGUGUGGAUAAAUGCAGAUAUUCUUCCAGGUCCUAAUGUCCCCGAUUUCUGGCCAGUGAUCAAUGCUUCUGAGUUUUUUGAGCUCAUUCAACUGAAAUUUCCUGACGUCACCAUCUCUCCAGGAUGGAAGGUUCUUUAUCUUUCCAUCUUCCCAAAUGUGACAUACACACGCAGUAUGGUUGAGGAGAUGUACUCUACUGUAAGACACCUCCCUCAGAAAAUCACCUUUCCUGUCCAUGCUUUGAUGGCCAAGAAUGGGUGGCCACAUCUGAGCUGGCUGCUCAGCCAAUCUUCAAGGUUUAGUUUAACCCUGUGGCAAGGAAAGGAGAACCCCACUGUGAAUGAUCUUCUCUACAUCAGAGACAACAGCAACCCUCAGCACAUAUAUUAUGACAUCUAUGAGCCUGUGCUCUCACAGUUCAAAGAAGCUGCAAUGCUGAGAAACAGACCCAGAAGAUUCUAUCCAGGUGGAGACAUAGUUGACUAUUUCAGGCCGGUGAAUGGUGAUGGACUCAACAUCCAGUGGGACACAGUGACUGAUAAAGAUUCUUUGCUAUCUCUGCUUGAAGAUAGCCCUGGAGGAAUGCUGGUGAUCCCAGUACUAUCUAGCGUAGGUCAACCAAACAUUCCUGUCAUUCAGGGUUCCCAACCUGAGUUGCCUCUUCAGGACUGUCUGGAGCUGAUUCUUGCCUCUAAGAAGCCCUGGGGACUCUACUUAAGGAUAAAGUCUCAGAAUCAUCUGAGCCCCUCACUGGAGCUCCUUCGUCAGGCCUAUGACAGAGACCUGCUGCACCACCCCACCUGGGUCAACAUGGACGUAGCCCAUGGAGCUUUCCAUAUCCACGGCUAUAUAAUGGGAGAAGAGUUCUUGAGAACCAUUGAUCAAAUCUUUCCAUAUGUGACUCUGGCUCCAGGUUGGCCUAAAGAGGUCCUCAAUGAAGGCUACACACCAGAAUUAGUGGAGGACAUGGUGCAACUCUUCCAGGGGGCCUGGCAAGAUGUUUCACUGCAGCUGCAGGUCGAGGCUUUGGAAAGGACUGUGACUGGAUACAGGAGCCUUAUCCAUGCGCAAUCACGCUUCUCACUGACUCUAGAGCAGUGGGCAGAGGACAGAGGCCUCAGUACUGAGACUGCAAGAUUAAUGUCUAUUCGAACAGCAAACAGACAGCGGAGCUUCUACAAUAUGCCUAACAUGUACAGAGAACAUAUAGCAAAUCUGUCAGUCUGGAUAUCAAGAUCAUAAACCAUUGACCAAAAUGAAAGUCAAUCAUAGUGCUGUUUAAAUAGUCCACAGACAAUAUAUGUACAUAAAUGUUCAUUGAAAAUGUGAAAAAUGUAUAUUUUAAAUAAAUUCUUUCAUAGAGCUAAUAAUUUAAAACGAUUAACUUAUUACAGUACUUUUUAGUCAUUUUUUCCAAACAUACAAUAGAAAUAGGCCUUUUAACAAAACUUUAUUGAAACUCAAUUUUCAGUAAUCAGUAAUUGUCAGUAACUAAAUCAGUAAACAGACGCAAUUAAAUUGUCAUUUUAUAUACAUCACUGCACCAAAAAUAAUGCUGACAAAACAAAGCAAACAGAGACAUUUUUUAAAGGAACAAAUAAGUGUUGGAUGUACUAUGUAAACUUUC